UGCGCCCGAAACGUCUUUAUUUUAUUCUAUACAUACGUGACUUUACCGAAAGAACCAAAGAGUAUGGAUAGACUAUGCCUGGUCCUUUGUAUAUAUUAGAAUAUGAUAGACUAUGCCUGGUCCUGUGUAUAUGUUAUAAUAUGAUAGACUAUGCCUGGUCCUAUGUAUAUGUUAUAAUAGGAUAGACUAUGUCUGGUCCUGUGUAUAUGUUAUAAUAUGAUAGACUAUGUCUGGUCCUGUGUAUAUGUUAUAAUAUGAUAGACUAUGUCUGGUCCUGUGUAUAUGUUAUAAUAUGAUAUACUAUGUCUGGUCCUGUGUAUAUGUUAUAAUAUGAUAGACUAUGUCUGGUCCUGUGUAUAUGUUAUAAUAUGAUAGACUAUGCCUGGUCCUAUGUAUAUGUUAUAAUAUGAUAUACUAUGUCUGGUCCUGUGUAUAUGUUAUAAUAUGAUAGACUAUGUCUGGUCCUGUGUAUAUGUUAUAAUAUGAUAGACUAUGCCUGGUCCUGUGUAUAUGUUAUAAUAUGAUAGACUAUGUCUGGUCCUGUGUAUAUGUUAUAAUAUGAUAGACUAUGUCUGGUCCUGUGUAUAUGUUAUAAUAUGAUAUACUAAGCUCGUGUAUGUCUUGGAGAGGUUUGAAUUGGCUCGGCUAAAAAACAAACCACAGUUCUGUCGGGCGUUUUGUGUGUGUGUGUUUGUUUUAAAGAUACUGAGAUGGGCUGGCUUAUAUGUCGCAUUCGGUUCAAUGGCAAAACGUAAAGGGAGCGCCUCACGUCUGCCAGUGGAGCGAGCAAGUGAGCACACAUCCAUGGUGUCAUUGAACACACGAGGCACUUGGCAUGUGCAUACACGAGCGAUGGCAUAGUGCGGGGAUGCAACGCAAUGUUGCAGGUGCUGCCAGCUUUUUUGCAGAUUAAUAAUUAUGAAUGGGGUUACGUCGUUCGGUUAACAAGCCUGUUGGAAGACGGAUCAAUGUUGUACGAUAGCUUUGUGUAAUUAAGGAGCGUUGGUUGCAUUGGCAAGGUGGUUCGUUCGGCAAUAGGGUGUCGGCGGACAGGCGUGUGACUUUUCACAGUCGAGUAGUUGUUCUGCACAGCCUAGAAAAAAUAAUACUCCCGUACAAAUAAUAUGCGGUUGUCAAUAUUCGUUCGCGAGAUUGUAAUUCAUUACGAAGCCAGCAAAACAUCUUACCAAUUGCGGUGCCAUGACGUUUAAAACGUACUCUUUGCGAGAGGUGCAAGCUUGCGAUUACGUUGAGCUACAGAAGCAGGAACACUUGGAUUAGAGAACUUCUUUCGCACCGUACGUAGCCAGCCGUGCAAAUCGGAGGUGCGGGUCAAGCGCAACGAAACUAAACGCGCGAAGAAUUUCUAAAGAAAUACGCAGGUGUGCCGGCAUCACGCAACUGUUAUGAAAUGUAAGUGUGGCUUGGGCAGGAGACGUCGUUGGGAGGGUUGAUGGCCGGUGGUCAAGAAUAGCGAUCGAGUGACUGCCAAGGCAUGCGGGUAAUGGAACACGACCGACAGACCGACAGACAGGGUUCAUCUGUCGAGGAGAUGGAGCUAUAAGAUCAGCUCGUGCGCGGGUGCUGGUUGAUUCGUUACAUCGCAGGAGCGUGAUAGGUCCUGGCGACUGAUUAGCGAGUCAGAAUCAACCGUAAUCUUCAUUUAGACUGGAGGAAUCCGAUGGGCAAUGAAGCUUGUUUUCACAGAUGUCCAAAUAGGAGGCCCUAAUCCAGCAGUGGAUUGACCACGGCGAUGAAUUUAGGACAUUCCGUCGCUGGCUCGCCGUCUUACAAAUUCCGUGUUUCCACGUCGUCACCGACAUGACCGCCACCGAAGGAACUGAAAAUUUAAGCAAAAACCAAAACCACCCCCCCCCCCCCCCCCCGUGAAACAGACGCUGGACCGGUUCAACCGGAACUCAACUUUGGGUCGAGUCGCACGAUUCCCACCACCACUGCUGUUGCCAAUUUUCCGGCGUCGCGUGGCAAUGAUACCAUCGAGCUCAUGACGCUAAUCAGCGCGUGAUUAACUCGUAGCAUUUAAUUUGUUCCGAAAACGACUAAUUGCUGGAAGUGAACCGGCCAAACCGUCUCAAGAAGGAGCUUGACAAAUAAGAGGAGUUUUAAGGCGAGAAUCAGAGUAGCGCUUCCUUGGGUUAAAGCUAACUUUCCGGCACAGGUGCCGUAGGCCAACAUUCGAGCCCGAAAAUAAUUAUCGCCUUGUGAGGACAAGCGCAAUUCAAACGGAAAAGCGGUGAAACAAGGAAAGCCGUUGAGGAGGAGGAGGAGGAAAACCAGAGGACCCCAGCCUCCUUGCAAGACGCCCACUGCGGGCAGGAGUUUGAGGCUCCUUCCGUGCAUACCCGAGAUGCAUCGCUCGGGCGCAUCUCGCUCCAAGGAGAGCGGCGCGCCGCCCAAAAAAAGCAGCAUGCUCAGCAGCCUCCUGCAGAAGCUGCACCUCGACAACCACGGCUCAUCCUUCACCGCAGCCGUGGCCAGCAGUCGGGGCGGCCUCGGGCGGCAGUUGGACCUGCACCGAGGCCAGGAUCCCCCGCCCAUCUCGAGCGUGCUCAACCACAACCUCGUCAACCUCAACCAGCUGCAGUCGGGCGCGCUCAACGUGCCGGGGCAACCGGGCAGAGGCGGCGGUGGAGGCGGCGGCGGUGAGCGGCGGCGGCGGGGGCGGAAGCACCGCGGUGAUCCAAGGGCACCACCCGCCCUUCUCGUGCCCGCAGACGCAGCUCGGGUACCCAUGGGGGCUUGACGAGUGCUUUGCGGGCGACGUCGCGAGGGCCGCGCAGCUUUAGCCAGUCGCGCCAGCGCCUCUGCCAGGUGCAGCCGCUGCCCGACUCUGGCCCCGGCGUGCCAGGGGCUCGGGGCCUGGCACCAGCGCUCGCACAGCUCGGGCCAGCCGGUGCAGAACCUUGUGCAGAUCCAGCAGAGCAACCAGAGCCUCUUCGGCGGGCCCGCGGUCGCCUCUUGCCAGGGCUCGCAGGCGUUCGUGCAGGGCCACGGCAUCCAGUCCAACCAGAACGUGAAAAAGAGCCUGAUGCUCCCGCUCGCCGUGAACCUGCAGGGCACGGCCGUCGAGUUUGUCGGCCCGCAGAGGCCGAGCGAGCGCUCCCAGAGCCCCCGGCGCUCCAACCAGAGCCAGAGUCUGCUGAGCCUGCAGCAGCAGCAGUUGCAGCAGCAGCAGCAGCAGCUGGUGCAUGCACCUAGGCCCAAAAGCCCUUCGAGUCAGGUGGCGCAGAAGCUGUUUGGCUACGGUGAGGAGAGCGAGCGGCAAAUGCUGGACGACGGGGAGGAAGAGGAGGACCCGGCGCUGCGAGGCCAUGAGGCCUUCCCGCACGAGAACAACAACGGCGAGGAGGCGCGGAGGCAGAGGAGGAGCCCCGGCGAGCCGAGGCCGCGGCGGCCCACGCACGGCCGGGCGAGCGGUGCCACGACCUCCGCGGCGGUGGCAGCCGUGGCGGCCCAGCAGCGGGUGGCCGACGACAAGGAGAGGGAGCGGGAGCGGGAGAGGGAGAAGGAGAGGGAGCGGGAGAAGGAGCUGGAGGAGGCCCGCACACGCGCCAUGCAGAUGGAGAAGACCAUGCGCUGGUGGUCGGACUGCGCCUCGAGCUGGCGCGAGAAGUGGGGAAAGGCGCGCACGGAGAGAAACGAAUCGCGGGACGAGAACCGCCAACUGAAGCAGCGCCUCGACGGCCUGGAGAGGGAGCUCCACCAGAUCCAGAUGGAGAAGGACCGGGCCGUCGGCGACAACCAGACCCUGCGGGAGCACCUGGACAUGCUGCGGGCCUGCCUGCAUCAAGCCGGCGUGCCAGACCCCACGGCGCGCGACGUCGACUCCCCCGCCGACAGGGAGGCGGGCAGAGGCGCGGACGUAGAGCGGGAGAGAGGCAGGGAGCUGGAGAGGCAGCUCCAGGCGGAGAUGGAGCUGGAGCUGGAGAGAGAGCGAGCAGAUGGCUUCAUGAGCAAGUGGGGGCAGUUGCCGGGGUUGGCCCGGAGGCCCAGCUUCGGCGUGGAGAAGGAGUCAGCGCCACGGGACAGCAUGCCGGGCGAUCACCUGGCGACUCUUCUCUGCCGCGACGUGGGAUGCGCCACUGGGGCUCUUCCUGUGCGGCGUCUGUCAGCUGCCCUCGAAAUGGUGUUUCCAACGCCUCCCGAGAAUCAGAGCAUCGACGACGAUGACGACGACGACGACGACUAUAACGAAAACGACGACGAAAACGGCUACGAAGAUGACGUCAACGACGACGAUUGUGACAUUGAUAACCACGAUCACUACGACAACAAAGGUGGCUACGGAGGAAAGAAAAAAUACCUGGUGAGCGGCUCGGAGGAGAGCAGCGAGGAAGAGGAGCUGGAGAGCCUCACCAUUCGCAUCGCUUGAGAGGGGCAGUGGGCCCCGGGGCAGUGGUGAUGCGACACCCCGGUGCGGGAUUGCGUCGCUUCUCUCCCAACGGUGACACCUCACCCCGGGCCCGCUGUGUAGAGGAAGGUGGCACCAAAGCCUCGCCCGUCCCACUGUGAUGUCUCCCCCCCCCUCCCUCCUCUACUGACGAAGCCUGCUGAACCGCAGGCAGCCACGUAGAUGCGCUUUUGGGUGGUUGUGCCACGUGUUUCUCGGCACGGACGUCCGCCGCUUCCGUCCGACGUGCUGGCGGGAAAGACGUCGGAGAGCUGCACAACAAAGACAAAGAUCCCCCCCGAAUAGCCUCAGCAGACUGUUGGGGCAAGUGCUGUUAGCGAGCACAAAACAACAAUACAACCACGAAUACCUGAGCAGCGGUCGGGCGUUAUUAAUCGAAAAGAGGGAGCGGGCAAGUGGAUAUGGACCUGGGAUAAGGCCCACUAGUGCCUCUAGUCAUGCUUGUUAUAUCCAAAUAGGACACUUUCUGCAGGCAGCAACAUAUGUAAUUUUUGUGGAAUAAUAUGUUUAGCUUUGCAGCUUACUUCUUUUAAGAUUGUUUGACCGUUGCAUCGAGGGGGUAAACGAAUUUGGAGUUCUCGAUCUAAUUACAUCCUUUUUUUCGAAACUUGUCGUUUACCCAGGAAAGCCUCACUGAGUCCCAAGAUUUUUGUUAAGAGGGUCUGGUCAAGUUUUUGCAGUUGAGGCAAUGUUGCUCUGUGUGUAAUCCCAAAUUAGUAAACGUGCAUGCAGUUCUUCAGCACUGGGAUAUUUGUCCAAUACGGUAACGUGCGUUUGCCUUUUUCUUUCAUUGCUGUUGGAUGAAACGAGGAGAACCCAGGGGAAACCCACGCAGAGCAGGGGGGAGAGCAUACAAACUCCACACAGAAAGACGCCCAGAGUCGGGAUUCGAUCGCAGGCCCUGUCUUGCUCCAAGGCACAAGUGUCACCAGUGCGUUUCCCUGCCGCCAAUUAAUUUAGCUCGUUUUGUUUAAAGCGUUAUAACGGUAUUUUCCUAUGGUAAUCUGUCAAAAAUGUAGACUGCUAAAUUAUGUAUUUCGUAUAUGGAAGAUCUGGGUGAGUUUAAAACUCAGGACUUUCGUCCUUUCAAAGACAAUAAUCGUCCACUCCCCAUUUUAACAUGAGCUGCAUUCAAAAGUAAACAUUCCUGUUAAAAGCAGGUAGGUAGGCAAGUACACCACUUGCAAACAACCAAGAUCUGUAACUUUCUUUGAUGGGUGAUGAGGGUGCGUUCAAAUGUUUGAAGAAAAAAAACCGAACGGUUUUUGUUGCUCUCUCAAUGUCCCUUUAAAUAUCUUGCAAAUAACACGUUUCAUAGACAAAUGCUAAAUGUAAUAAAAAAAACGGUCUCCAGGUGCUACCCGCAGCUUUUACACACAUCACUCAUUUGAAAUUACCACAAACAGAAUAUGCACUAAUUACUGGACAUGGGUUUAUUUUCUUAUAAUGGUGUGGGAUUUACAAAACUGCGUGUUAUGUACGUGAUGUGUGUCUUGCGCAGAGGAGAUAGAGGUGCCAUUAUUGCCUAGGCGUAGCAGUGUGAUUUGGGAAAUGAUUGGGAAUGCUUAAGCCACACGCAUAAUUUUAAUUUUCCACUCAAUGGCCUUCACAAGCGUAAAGACCCAACAUGUGGCAGUGACUGACGUAUAACCCCCCCCCCCCCCCGCGUGUUACACCACCGCGCACCCUCUGAUGUCACGGACGCUUCUUCUAUGUCUCUUGCGGAAAAGGAAGAGGAGAGGGCUUAAAUUUUUAUUUGAAGCCUUCGUGACUGCAGGGAUUCAUAUUCUUGGUUCUUUCGGUAAAGUCACGUAGAA